AUGGCUUUUAUGAAACAUGAAACAACUUCUGCUCAUAUAAUGGCAUCGUUAAAAGUUAAGCUAAAAUCAUGUUCUUUACCACUCUUACCGUUAUUAGUAGAAGAACAUAAUAAACAAGUAUCCUUUAACAGGGAAUUGGUAAAACAGCUAAUUGAAAUAACAAUAUUUUUGGCACAACACAAUCAUUCUUUCAGAGGUCACAAUGAAAAUUGGAAAAAUAACACUAAAGGACAUUUUAAAGAUAUGGUUGUCUUACUGAGUAAACAUUCUCCUAUAUUGUCAUUGCACCAACUCAAAAGUAAAGGCAAAAAAGAAAAUUCUUUUAUAUCGUGGGACCGACAAAAUUUGUUAAUAGAGUCUAUUUCAGAAUAUAUUUUAACGACUAUUAGAUCACAAAUAUUGUCAGCUCGUUAUUUUAGUAUUAGUACUGAUUCCACAUUUGACAUUUCACACAAGGAACAACUUUCAUUUGUGGUCAGUUAUGGAAAAAAUGGAUUAGAUUGGAGUCGACAUUUAAUUGGGCAGUCAUAUGAUGGUGCAGCGAAUAUGAGAGGAUCAUAUAGUGGACUUCAAGCACAUAUUAUCAAAGAAUACCCAAAAGCUCUAUGUUUGGUGUCAUGCACACAGAUUCAAUUUAAUAGUGUUAUCUGCCGUUGGCUGCUUAAAAAGAGAUCAGAUAUUUACAGAAAUAAUCAAAUUGAAUUGUAUCUAAAGAAACAAUUAAAGGCAAUCAAAAGAGUCGGAACUACUAGAUGGAUGUCCAACUCAUUUGCUCUAUCUACAGUUCUUGAAACAUUAGAAGCAAUUUUAGAUAUGCUUGAGCAAGUAAAAAAUGUUGAAGGCUCAGCUGAUUUUAAAACUGGUAGUGAUU